AUGCCGAGUCUCCUCAGCAAGGUGUCCAGCGCCGCGGCCGCCUGCGCACGCCGCGUCUCGCGCGCGACGCGCCGCCUCCUCCACCGCGCACGGCGGCCGCGCCGGGACUUCAGCCAGCUCGUGCCGACGACCGACGAUGAUCACCAGCAGGAGGCCAGCGAGGACGCCGGCGAGCAGGGCGGCGGGGAAGAGGAAGAAGAAGGCCUGUGGCGCCGGACCGUCCUGAUGGGGGAGCGGUGCAAGCCGCUCGACUUCCCAGGCGCUAUCCACUACGACAGCUCCGGCCGGCUGCUCCCGGCGGCGCCCUCGCCCCGCAGCAGCGGCAAGGCGGCGGGAGCGCUGCUCUGCCGCUCGGCGUGCGACGUCGACGAGGCCGCAACGGCACGCAGCAAGGCUAGGCUAGCUAAGGCUAAGCACGUGUAG